AAACUCUAGCCUCAGUUUAGUUUUGACUUUGUCAGCUGAAAGUUCUAUAAAUUACAAUUCGCAAUGAAGCUGCUGAUUUUUCUGACUUUAGUUGCUGCUCUUGUGGCCAGUUCUUGGGCUUUGAAAAAUCAAAUCUGUGGUCUUCCUCAUUCCCGUAAUGGCGAUGGUAGAAUCUCUUGUGAAGCCUAUAUACCCAGCUGGACAUAUGAUUCCAAUAAUAGAGAGUGCAUCAAAUUUAUCUACGGCGGCUGUGGGGGUAAUGACAAUCGGUUUGACUCUAAGAAAAAUUGUGAAAAACUGUGUUUGGAAUAAAAGAAAAUUUAAGAAAAAUAAA